ACAGGAAACGCUCUCGCGACGCAUACUUCUCACGCUGGCUCGGCCACGCUCUUGGUAACGACAACGCGAAUGCAAGUCUAUUUCGGAACAAAUACGAUAAGAGCGGUGACGCUGUGCGUAAUGGCAUAGUCGAAAACAUUCGGACGUACUUCUCCGAACCAAACGCCGUACGGACCGUCGCCACAGAAAUGGGUUUACAGUUGAAAACGCAAACACCAACAAUGUUGUCCAAGCCUCCGCCUGAUCAGCAAGUUCUCCGGCAGGCAGUUGCCGAUGCUUUUGACGUUAACUAUCUGGAUCCUUUCAAAUCAGCGCCACGGUUGGUUGAGUAUUUGAAAAGUUGUUUGAAAAAGUGGGAUCGUAAAGUUAUGUACUCCCCUUAUAUCGCUCUCCUCGGGCCCUCCAUGAUUGGAAAGUCUCGUCUAAUUCAACAUACAGCACAAGAUAUCUAUGUAAUUUACGUGUGUUUUCGUACAGCACAGAGUACGGGCUAUCCGCCAGCAACCGAUCCU